GAUUAGAAGUGCCAUGAGCAAGAUUGCUAUUUGGAAAUCCAAUGAAACAAGAAAGCUAUGGAGGCGAAGAAAUCGCGUUGUUCCAUUCAAUGAUGUCGAAGAUGAAGAUGAAGAGAAAGUGGAGGAGGUCACAAUGGUGAUAGACCUGAAUGAGAUACAUGUAUAUGAAUGGCCGGAAAUAGACUAUUCAAAAUUUGGCAAAAAUGGCUUUUAUACAAGGGCUGACUGCACAAUGGAAACUAUCCUGAGGAUGUCUCCACUUUAUGACCCAAAGUUUUCCCAACCUCAACAAGAAAAAGACAAGCGUUCCCUCCUUCAAAGAGCUCUGCAUAGAAUUGAAAAGAGAGCAAGAGAGGCCAAGUAUGCCGUUUCUGCUGCAUUGACAAAGAGAUCAGAGAAGUUGGACAACCAAGACAAAGAUUCCCAGCAGAAAACAAAGGAUGACUCAGGUUUUACUUCAUUUUAAACACAAUUAACUUAUCAACAAUGAGAUGGCUAAUGUCAAGUGGAGUUAUAUGCCUUGCACCAAUUCUGGAGCUGUGCUGAAAUAUGUAGCGCUUUCAAGGGCUGAUGCUAGAG